CCGCGUAGCAUCAGUAGCAGCAAACUAACAGAGACAGAGAGACAGAGAGGCCUUCGACCAUUCGACCAAACAGCAUCAGGAUCAGCAAGUUCUCCAUUUUUCUUCCUCUCCCCUCCUCCUCCUGCAGCUGUGUUUGCUGCUGAAGAACAUGCAUCCAUAACCCCCCCUCUCCUCCUCCUCCUCACCAUUCACAUAGGAUGCUUGGUGUGUGAUGCGGCGGCUUCACUGUGGGAGUCAGGAGUCGUUGCUAAGCGCCGGCUGCGUGUCAUCACUGGAGCUCAGGAUGGACCAAUCAGUGGUCAUCAAACCAGUUCACUCCUCCCUCCUGGGACAGGACUACUGCUUCGAGGUAACGACCUCGACGGGGACGAAGUGCUUCUCGUGUCGGUCGGCGGCGGAGAGAGAUAAAUGGAUGGAGAACCUGAGAAGAGCCGUGCAUCCCAACAAGGACAACAGCAGGAGGCUGGAGAAUGUCCUCACGGUCUGGGUGAUCGAAGCCAAAGACCUGCCUGCAAAGAAAAGGUACUUCUGUGAGCUGUGUCUGGAUGACAGUCUCUAUGCUCGGACGUCCUGUAAGCUGAAGACUGACAACAUCUUUUGGGGAGAACGUUUCGACUUCAGCAGCCUGCCGUCCGUCGCCUCCAUCACUCUCCAUCUCUACAAAGACACCGACAGGAAGAGGAAAAAGGACAAGAGCAGCUACGUCGGGUUGGUCAACAUUCCCAUUGCGAUGGUGAGCGGCAGACAGCUGGUGGAGAAGUGGUACUCGUUGAGUACGCCCAGUACCAUCCGAGCUAAGUCGUCUGUGCCGACGGUGCGAGUCAAAGCUCGGUAUCAGAGUAUCGUCAUCCUGCCGAUGGAACAGUACAAAGAGUUCGCAGAGUACAUCAGCUCCAACUACCUGCUGCUCUGCAACACUCUGGAAGCCUCCAUCAGUCUGAGAGCUAAAGAGGAGCUCUCUUCUGCACUCGUCCACAUCCUGCACAGCACGGGGAAGGCCAAGGACUUUUUGACAGACCUGAUGAUGUCGGAGGUGGACCGUUGCCGUGACAAUGACCAGCUGAUCUUCAGAGAGAACACGCUGGCAACAAAGAGCAUCGAAGAAUACCUGAAGCUGAUUGGACAGAAGUAUCUGCAGGACGCCCUCGGUGAGUUCAUUAAAGCUUUAUAUGAGUCAGAUGAGAACUGUGAAGUCGAGCCAUCUCGCUGUGCGACCUCUGACCUCGCAGAGCAUCAGGCUAACCUGAGGAUGUGCUGUGAACUCGCCUUCUGCAAGAUCCUUGACUCAUACAGGGUCUUCCCCCGGGAGCUGAAGGAGGUUUUUGCGUCAUGGCGACAGGAGUGCAGUAACCGAGGUCGACCAGACAUCAGCGAGCGUCUCAUCAGCGCCUCGUUGUUCCUUCGCUUCCUGUGUCCGGCGGUGAUGUCGCCGUCACUGUUUGACCUGAUGCAGGAAUUCCCCGACGAACGCUCUGCUAGAACUCUGACCCUCAUCGCCAAAGUCAUCCAGAACCUCGCCAACUUCAGCAAGUUCGGGACUAAAGAGGAGUACAUGCUGUUUAUGAAUGACUUUGUGGAGCGUCAGUGGAGCAGCAUGCAGCGUUUCCUGCAGGAGAUCUCAAACCCUGACGGACUGAACCACACCGCCGGCUUCGAUGGAUACAUCGACCUCGGCCGAGAGCUGUCCAGCUUGCACACCCUGCUGACCGAGCUGGAUCAGUUGAGCCUGUCGAAGCUCGGUCCUCUACCUCGGAUAAUCAGAGAAGUGUCAGCGGCUCUGGCUAACCCCGGGGGCGUGGUUAAUCCCGGGGGCGUGUCAGUGUCGUCUCCAGAGCCUCAGCGUGUGGUGUCCCCGCCCCCUCUGUCCCCGGCCCCCCUGUCCCCGCCCCUCUCUCCUCCUCUUGCGGCUUGUAAUCCCUCUAUUGGCCUGCAGGGCAACGUCGGACUGGAUGGAGGUUUGGUGGACUUCACCAGACUUCCGUCUCCGACUCCAGAGAACAAAGACUUGUUCUUCGUCACUAAAGGAUCCAGUCUGCAGCCGGCAUCAGGUGUGCAGGGCUCUCCGGCGGCGAGUUCUUCGUACUCUGAGCCCAAUGAGAAUGAAGCGGGUUUUGAAAUGACCAAUGGGGGCCGGAGGGAGGGGCCCGAUCUGACCAAUGAGAGCCGCAGCCUGUCUCUGGUCGACCUGCAGGACUCCUCCCCUAGCGACGGCCUUGACGACGGUCAAUGGCAGCGCAGGACGGGGCUCCUCCCCCUCUCCUUCCAGAAUCCCGUGUAUCACAUGACCGCCACGUCGCCGCGACAACCGACGGACGCCAUGCCCUCGGACGGCUCAGGGGGUUCGCAGGGGACAGAAAACGUCAUGGCAACCAAACCAGUGUUUCUUACCCAGAUGUCUGUGGGGCUGGGGGGGGGGGGGGGGGGGGGGGGGGGGGGGGGAUCCAUGUCGGCCAUGUCCAGCAGCAGCAGUGGAGAGGAUUACUCAAGACGAGCUCUGUCUGAGACCCUCACAGGUAGCUCCGCCCCCUCUCGUCAGACCUCAGGUCCUCAGAGACGCAUCGACCAGCCUCCUCCUCCCUCCUCCGCUCCUCCUGGACCUCCGCGAGGUCGCACUCCUCCCAGCAUGCUUAGCGGCAGCGGAGGCCCCGCCUACCCUACUCGCCCCGCCUCCGGCAGCAUGAUGUCAUCGAGUCCCGAUUGGCCAAGCAGCAGCCAGUCGCGCCUCAGACAGACGUCGUCGUCGUCUAAAGGAGACAGUCCCGAGAAACAAAGACCCGCCGCUAAGGCUCAGUCUCCCUGUGCGUUGGACCGGACGGCCGCCUGGCUGCUCAACAUGAACUCUGCAUCGUCCUACGGAGAGACGGAGGACGACCGCCAUGACGACGCCCUCAUAGAGAAGUACCAGCAGGAGAUCACGUUGCUGCAGGAGAAGUUGAGAGUUGCAGCAAUGCGUCAGGACGAGUGUGAAGCUCGACUGCUGGUCCAGGAUCAGCAGAACCAACGCAUGCUGCAGGAGUACCAGGUGAGGUUGGAGGACACAGAGAGCAGACUAAGGCGGCUGCAGGACGAUAAAGAUCUCCAGAUGAACAGCAUCAUCAGCAGGUUGAUGGCCGUAGAGGAGGAGCUGAAGAAGGAUCACUCUGACAUGCAGGCUGUGGUGGACUCCAAGCAGAAGAUCAUAGAGGCACAGGAGAAGAGGAUCUCCAGCCUUGACUCCUCUAACAGUCGUUUGAUGGCCGCUCUGACUCAGUUGAAGGAGCGCUACGCUGUGACAUCACAGAGGAACGGCCUGUCUCCUAGCAACACGUCCUCUCUGCAGAUCACAGAGAACGGAGAGUUCCGGAACUCCGGCAUUUAAUCAACCAAUCACAGAGCGGGAUCUGACCUCUGACAUGACUCCACCCCUCAGUUCAUAUUUUAGUUUUGCAUGUUUCCUUUUUCAACAUAUUCUGAUGUCAGAUCCGUUUUUCAUUUUGCUACUUCCUGAAACUUCUUGAUUUUAGCUCAACUUCACCUGUAUAUGGCUCUGGUCUAAUUGGACUAACUGGAACAACUCCACCUGUAUAUGGCUCUGGUCUAAUUGGACUAAUUGGAACAACUCCACCUGUAUAUGGCUCUGGUGUGACUGGACUAACUAGAACUCCAUCUAUAUAUGGCUCUGGUGUGAUCAGAAUAAGGCUAUACAUACAGUUUUGGUCCAAGUGUUGUAACCUCGUCUGUAUAUGGCUCAGGUGUUUUUUUGAAAGUUAAACUGUAUAUAUUCAUCAUUUUUUAGGCUCUUUAUGUUUAGAAUCUGUCUAAAAGGAACAGUCCAACACUUUAGUCUCGGCCAUGACGCACAGAGUCAGAUCCGGUCCUGGAAGCAGGGAGGAGCUGUUAGCUUAGCUCGAUGUGUUGGUUGUUCUGGCCUUCCGUAGUUCAGAGAAUUUGCCGUUAGUUUGUUUCGGAGAGUUUACUUAUUUUAAUGUUCAGAUUUAUUGUAAAACAGUAAACAUUUACAAUUGUGAUGAAAAGUUUGUGAACACACACUCCACUGGAUUCUACUGGACCCUACUGAACUCUACUGGGCUCUAAUGGACUCUGCUGGACUUUACUGGACUCUAAUGGACUCUGCUGGGCUCUAAUGUACUCUGCUGAACUCUAAUGGACUCUACUGGGCUCUAAUGGACUCUGCUGGACUUUACUUGGCUCUAAUGUACUCUAAUGGACUUUACUUGGCUCUAAUGGACUGUAAUGGACUCUAAUGGACUCUGCUGGACUUUACUUGGCUCUAAUGGACUCUGCUGGACUCUAAUGGACUCUACUGAACUCUACUGGGCUCUAAUGGACACUACUGAAAUCUACUGGGCUCUAAUGGACUCUACUGGAGGGCUCUAAUGGACUCUACUGUACUCUAAUGGGCUCUACUGGACUCUACUGUGGCUUGUAUCUGUUCUUGUUAUUUAUUAUAAAGAGAUGCUCCAAUAAACUAUUAAUCUAUUAAA